UCUUGCUUGGCUUGUUUACAAUUUUGAGUGAUCGCAGGUCGUUCCAUCUGGUGAAGGCUGAAGAAAUUUCUAUUUUCUGCCCUGUUGGACUGAUUCAGGGCUAUGCCAUCAAGGACCAAACGGGUCAUCAGAAUCUGAGCCUGCCAGUGGACAACCAGCCCGAGCGACAGCGGCGAGGUGAGGUUGUGACGUUAGUAAGAAGCAAGAAGUCACCGUGCUAAAGAACUCUGGUCGCUGGUAAUCUGUCCCUUGGGGCCUCGCCUCUCCUCUUAACAGGCCGGGUUAACCCGGUUUCACAUCGUCAUCUUUUGCUGGAGUUUUCCGUCCUGAGAUGAAAGAAUGGGUCGCAAACGCAAGGCCAUCAACCCGGAGGAUGCCCUCAAGAGUAACCUUCCGCCGUGUCGCGUGUGCGAAGCGCCAGGCGCAGGGUUCCACUACGGUGCCAAUACGUGCGAAGCUUGCAAGGGCUUCUUCCACCGCAGUCUUCGACUGCACAGUGGCUACCGCUGUGAGGCUGGCAACAACUGCGUCAUUGAACAUGGCCGCGGCAAACUGUGCCAGCUGUGUCGCUACAAGAAGUGCAUCUCUGUCGGGAUGGCCAAAGAAGCUAUCAAGACAGGCCGGUACACGUCGUCCAAACGAACAAAUGAUAUCCUGGAGGUAAAGAGUCUGGAGAAUAAACGGAAACUGGGCUUAUUGGACAAUGGUCUAGUGAACGACAAUGGUUCUCUCCCUCCGACGUCUGUUCUACCCGGGCACGCUUUGACGAGCGGUGAUGGGCUGUCGCCAGAGCUCACGACGUCUUUGUCGAGCGUCAGGGGCUUCACUUCUACUAGUGGGCUCAGUCACACAGCGAGAGUGAUCAGUCAGGCUUUGUUGAACGAACUAAGCGAGACCUCGUCGAACGAUGUCAUCUCUCAUAGUUACACUCCGCUGAAUGGACUGAAUCAGACUCUCUCGAGUUGUGCGUUAGGUAGUGCGCCCUUGAGAAAAGAAGGUCGACAUUUGUCAAUAGACCUGGACAGCCAGAGCUCUUUGGCCAGUGCAGCGGGUCAGAGCACCUCGUCCGACUCGGACCAGUUCUGCAGAGACGUCAUUGCCUCCUCUUCAAAUUCACUGUUCGGCCAAAACUCUGGAAUCACAGGCACUUCCAGGCUAAUUCAGAACCCCUUGACUGUAUUCGCCAGCACAAAAAAUACAAAUUCUGUAAACGGAAAUCCCUUGAAAGGGGACUUCAGUGCUGGGAGUGUUGUUCCUUGUGUUACAUCAUCGAAUGGGAGAGAAAUUGGAGCUCAGAAUAACAACUUUCUGCCUAGUAAUGGCUUACCAUUGGCUGGUACCAACUUACCAGCUGACAUAACCCAGGUCGAUUCACAGCCAGACUUCUUACCUGUUGAUUUUGACCAGCUUGUGCUGGACGGGCCUCCUCUUGUCUCCAGCCUUCCCCAUCAGACCACAGCGCCAUCACCAAUAACCACAUUAUUAGACAUAUCCACCUCAUCGGAGUUCCAUCGCAUCACACCGUCCCAUCCCUCAGUAGUUACCUCCGCCAGACUGGCUGACAAUUUUUUCAAUGGAGAAAAGAACCACGUUGCAAAAGACAAUCGGCUUUUCAUAAAUUCCACAAGUGCGGCCGAAGUCAGUCCAUCCUUCCCGUUUCAAAAAUCGCCUCUGGAUCUUGGUGUGAAUCAAAACCAGUUUGUGAACAGGACUCCUGGCCCUUUGCUUUCGGAAACAGCUGCUGGGUUAGUGACCUCUACUUCUGAUAAGUCAAACAGUCAGCAGGUGAAUGGAAUUACCAAUCAGCUCUCCUCUCAGAUUUCGUUGUUAAACAAUUCAUUUUCAAGGACGUCCUCUUCAGCAUCGCCGGGCCAGAAGUUGAUGGCGCUGGAAGAAGUGCUCUCACCUUCAUCAAUAGUUUCCUCAGAAUCUAUGGGCGCUUCGUCACCAGACAUGCUGAUGUCACACGGGGUGGCAGGAUUGGUAUCUUCAGGGGCGGAGCAAACCUCACAGGGGAAGAAGCAAGGGUCGCUGGGGCCGGGGUCUGUGAAAGCAUCUAGCCCCACCCCUGCCUCGGAGGCGGAGCUUCUGCACGCUUUCUGUGACACUUGUGGGUGUGGCCUUGAUCACAGUAACAUUGGCUUGCUGUACCGGCGGAGGGACGAGGUGAUAGCGCGGCUGGCAGAGGCCCACGAGUCAUUCAUGGACCAGUGCUUUGGCCGGGUGGCCCCAGAGGAUGUGGCUGCUCAGCAAAAAGAACACUAUGAGCAGUGCAGGCUGAAACAGGAAGUAUUUGGCAAACUGACGUCUCUGAAUGACGCAGAGUACGACGAAAUCUUCAUCGAAACGGGUUUGGAUGCGGAUGAUCGUCAAAAACGUAUGGAAGGCUUGAUUGAUUCCAUGGAGAAAUUCAUUAGGGGUCUGGUCCAGUUUGCGAAAGUCAUUCCCGGUUUCAACAUGUUGGAUCUCAGCGAGAAGAUCGGACUCAUUAAAUACUCCAGACAAGAGAUCUGUGUCGCCUCUGCCACGGCGUAUUUCGACUACGACCUUCGAGUGUUCAAGGGGGUGGACGGGAAGUGGAAGUGUGAGAUGGACAUGCUGUACCAGGUGUCGAUCGCCCCAUCCAUGCUGGAGGAAUUGUUUGAGUUCUUCCAUUCCCUCCAGAACCUGGGACUUAACAAGGAGGAGAUGGUACUGCUCAAGACCAUCAUUAUUAUGGCACCAGAUCGAGACUCAGAGCCACAAAUCUCCGCCCUGGGUCGGGAGGUUCACUGGCAGCUGGUCCAGACCCUGGUGUACCUGCUCGAAAAGCGGAUGAAAAAGCCCAUGGCCCAGUUUGCUCGCAUCAUUGACUGGCUGAUGACGGCCCGCACGAAGGAGAAGUUGGUGCGCGAGUUUUUCAAAUCCUUCAAGUUUGAGAAGUAUUCGAGGCUAGGCCAGGCCCCUCUGCUCCGGGAGAUGCUGUCGGGGAUCUACUUUGACUUGAGUGAUGACGAGAGUUGACGUUUCCUCUUUUCAUUUAACUUGUGUUAAUAUCGAUGGAUUGGCAAUGUCAUGGACAGCACGAAUACAUUAAUGAAACAGUGCACCAAAGCCACUGAUUAUCAUAGUAAAUGUUGGACAUUGCACGUCAAUCUCGGAGGCCUCCAAGGAAGAGAAUACGUCCAACCAAGCUACAUCGCUGGAGACUAUAUCAGACUCCAGUAGAAUCAACCCAAGCGGUCACUCCUCCAUAGUGGUCAUCUGUAUUAGCCGCCAUCGUUCUGUGACACCCUUGGGUGGGUUUUCCUGUAUUUUUAAACCUGUCCCUAGCGGUCCCCGUCCAGUGCGAUCCUGGUCAGUCAUUUUCAUGACAAGUUGGCCUCAACCUCACAACGGUCACUUGCUACAAAAGUUGUCCGCCAACCCGUCCUCAGACUGAGUUUGUGCUUUCAGCCAGUGCAGAGAAGCAACUGGGCUUAUUGCCUGGCUAUGCGCUACAUAUGAAACAAAGGGGAGCGGAAUUACUGCAGUGCUUACCCAUCGACGUGUGAGUGCCCAAUGAACUGAGCUCACAUAUUGCAGGACAGCUAGUAAAAUUACACGCUGCUGUUGACCUCAGUAAACAUCGAAAGAGCUACCGCCCCCUCCAAUUGUCUGUUAAUGUCAUGAUCCCGAUUUCCACAAAACUGGUCAAAUUAAGCCUUUGGAAAUGACUGUAAAGUUAGACUAUUGAUGCAUUUACAACGUAACAAAACGCUACCCUAGAAUUACAAAGUACUGUCUGCUCAGUACGUAGGCCUACAUAGUUUUUGAGAAAUUUGACUUUUUAAAAAUUCUGAGUUUCACAAUAUUAUGUCAAGUUUUUACUAAUGCAAUUAUUUUGAUAUCUUUAUAACGACUCCGAAUAAUCUAACUUAGAUUUAAGCGAUGGAUAGAGGGUGACACUGGUAGAUGGUGCUUCUUUUCUUUAGGUCUAUCUGUUUUGCUUCUUCCCAGCACCAUAUGACUAUGAUUAUGUUGAUGUUCUUCUCUUUACUCAAAACUGGAACUUGGUUUCAAGUUAUAAGUCUGUAGUCCUUUAGCGUAGAGAUGGAUGGUAUUUCUUUCUCAAUAUUUCUCAGUGAAAUGUGAUAAGGAUAUUUAGAACAAGUGAAUUGCACCCUACCUGUCUGUUAAACCGAGAGUUGUGUUCAGAAUGUGCAGUAAUUGAAACUCAGCGUACAGAUUUGGACAUACACAUGAAAUGGAACCUGCUCUUUGCUGGUUCUAUUUUUCCAUGACAAAACUAGUUUCAUUUUCUGGUUUUGAACUACUGGUGGAACUGAUCUACUGCUGAUUAUUAUUUUCAUUUUCAAAAAGAUAAAUGUAUUGGUAUUUUAUGAUGCUUGUGUUGAUAGUGCAGCACAUGUGUUAGUCAAGACUGUUGAUCCUCAGAUUUGUCUCCUUUUCAGUCUCAAAGACAAAGCUUUCUGCCCUAAAAUGGUGUAAGUUUCUUCCUUUGAGAUACAGUGGAAACCUGAUAUAACAGGGAUGGUGGGACCAGAGAAAAAGUCCUGUUAUAUCAGAUCCCUGUUAAAUCAGAAAUGCAAGGGAAAUAGGCAUUUGUGGACUAUUCCAGCUGUAUAAUUUAUUCAUGGCUAGUUUCCCUUCCCACAAGUACCCACGAACAGGGGUUUUGGCCCUGUGGCAGGCCUGCGCAUGACACAUUAUGC